GUGAAUGCCAGAACUUACAGCUCGGAGAUUUGGUCGACAUCUGCAUGGGCCCGCCGAACAAGGACGUCUCGGGUUGGCGGGGCCCUGCAACGGUCUUGAACAUCAAUCGUACCAGUCAAGGCGUGGUGGACGUGCAGUGGCAGUCCCGUGCCAUCAGCUGUCGUCUGGCUGAUGUUCGCCAUGCGCUCACCAUGUCUGUGAUGGUGGCCGCCGAACACUUCCGACAGUAUUGGGAGCUUCCCCUGACUCUAGUGCAGGAGAUUGCCGAGAGUAUCGAGAAGGGAGCGGUCACCGUGGCGUUUGUGAGUACUUCAACAGGUACGGAGUCAGAGCAGAGUGCUGGAGCUAAUGAUGAGGACGUGGAGGCCGAGCACGAGGAUCUAUUCUGGACAUUCGUUUUCAUGGAAAAGGAAGCCUCUUCUGCCGCCCACGUCUAUCUAGGUGGACAGGUUCCGGCGGUGGAGCUGAUGGAGGCGGACCUGGACGAGCCCAUCAGCAUUGAGUUUCCACGCAGACAGGCUUGGCGACUCGGGCUUACUCCGAGCACGAUGGCCAAGAAUUGCGCGCUGGUAAUGAAUGUUUUCAAGGCCCAGACCUCGCCGGUCAUCGAGCGUGAUCUCAAUGACCUCUCGGCAGCAGAGAUGAAGAAACAUCAUGAGUUGGUUGUGGCCGCCAAGCUGAAGGAUCUCAAGCGUUGGGUGUCUCGUGGUGUUAUUGAGCGGAUGAACAAGAAGGACGCCGGCAAUCGUAUGGACUCGCGCUGGGUUAUCAAGUGGAAGAUCAUCGGAGGCCAGCGAGAUGUCAAGGGCCGCCUCGCCGUGAGGGGCUUCAAGGGUCGUCAGAAGCAUGAGAAGGAUC